AUGGAUACGCAGUUCACGUUUGGGUUCUCGAAGGAUCCGACGCAGAAGAGCUUGGCGCUGGAAUUGGCGAUCGGUCUCUGGGACCUUCUGCUGCCUGGACACUUCCACUGGCGCCGUCAUUGGCUGCAAUAUGUCCGUGAGAACUCACGCAGCGUCGUGUCGAAGGACCUGUGGCUCCAGGUGCUCGACUUUGGCCACCAGAUUAAGCCUGAUCUAAGCAACUACGACGAGAACGGAGCGUGGCCUGUGCUACUGGACGACUUUGCUGCUCAUAUGCUCGAGCUCAUUACCAAAAAGGGACAAGAAGUUGUGCAGCAGGACGAAGAUACCAUGUCUAGUGAAGGUGACAAGGACGACGCGGAGAACAUGAUCGUGGAUGAAUAG